GGCCACGCAGGUCAGCGGCUCCUCUGGUGCGAUUUGAAAAGGCGCUGCUCAUUUGUAUCUGAUUUGUAUUCUGUGCGUGGAUCUCCGCCUGCGUGGUUGGUGCUAAUGCGCGUCACGAGACCGUGGGCCGCGGUUAUAUUUAGGCUCUGAGAGGAAAAUAACGGUGCAGGGUGAUUCCUGCGAGCGCCUGGCCGGUUUUGUCAAGGACCUGGACACUAGAGCGCAGAAAGGAGGAGGAGGGGGUGGCUCCUGCUCCUGCUGCACACAAAUACCAAAAUAGGAUCGAGCUGCCUGCGACAGUCCUGAGCUAAAUUGAGGUUCAUGUGUUUUUGGAGAGGAGCGCUUUGCGGAGUGUCGGCAGGGAACAAACAUCCAUGGCAAUAGAUAGGGUACGCCCACUUUUAGGGCAUUUUAAAUAAAAACAUUUUUUGCAUUUUCCUUUUUUUCCUAGCUAUAAUGUCGCAUAAAAACGAGAUCUACACAUAUGACUUCUGUGACGGGGAGCAUCCUGCAGAGCUCCUGGAGGCUCUCAGGCAUUUCUACAUCCGCGGCCUGUUUACCGACGUGACCCUGCAGUGUGGCGAGUCCGCUCAGGUGUUCCACUGCCACAGAGCGCUGCUGGCGGCCCGAAGCUCCUAUUUCAAAGUUAUGUUCACGGCCGACAUGAGGGAGAGGACCGACAGCGUCAUUAAACUGAGCGGGGUGGACUGCGAGGUCCUGGGCGCCCUGCUGGACUACGUCUACAUGGCCCGGGUGCGCAUCACCGAGAGCAACGUGCAGAGCCUGCUGGAGGCUGCGGACCUCCUGCAGUUUAGCAGCGUCAAGCAGGCCUGCGAGGAGUUCCUCAUCCGCCUCCUGGACGUGGACAACUGCUUGGGCAUGCACACAUUUGCUGAGCUCCACCAGUGCGCCAGGCUGGAGAGAGAGGCCCGCAGAGUGAUGCUGAGCAGGUUCGCGGAGCUCAUGGAGCAGGAAGAGUUCCUGGAGUUGAGCCAUGAGAAGGUUAGGUCUGUUCUGGCUGCUUCGAGCCUCACCGUGCAGGGAGAUGAAGCACUGAUAGAGGGUGUGGUCAGGUGGGUAUCCCAUGACUUGGAAGGUCGUGUUCACUGGGUGUCAGACCUGCUGCACUCCAUCCGUCUGGGUCUAGAUGACAUUUACUUCAGUGCUUCUUUGGAGGUGCACAGGCAAUACUUGAGGAAAAAUGAUGGGAAGUUAAAAUCCAUGAUCGUUCAGGCUUUGAGGUCAAAUGGCAAGGAGAUCCCUGCAGGCAGAAAAAUAUCCCCCAGUAUGUACAUCAUUGGAGGAUACUACUGGCACCCUUUGUGUGAGGUGCACAUCUGGGAUCCUGUCAGCAACACCUGGGUGCAGGGGAAAGACAUGCCUGACCCUGGAAGAGAGAGCUACAGCAUCAGCCUGCUCGGUGCAAACAUCUAUGUGACCGGUGGCUACAGGACUAACACAGUUGAGGCCCUGGACACUGUUUCAAUUUAUAACUGUGACUAUGAUGAAUGGACAGAAGGUUGUCCCAUGAUUACUGCCAGGUACUACCACUGCUCAGUGGCUCUACAUGGCUGUGUUUACACCAUCGGAGGCUACAGAGGAGGAGCUCCAGAGCAAGAGUCUGAAUUUUAUGAUCCUUUGAAAAAGAGAUGGUUUCCAGUGGCCAAAAUGAUCCAAGGUGUUGGAAACGCUACUGCAAGCGUAAUGGGAGAAAAAAUCUACGUGACCGGUGGCCAUUAUGGGUACAGAGGAAGCUGCACCUAUGAGAAAGUCCAAGUGUACAGGCCAGAUGUGAAUGGGUGGAGCAUCAUAACAAUAAGCCCACAUCCAGAGUAUGGCCUUUGUUCUGUGUCUCUCAACAACAAGCUGUAUUUGGUCGGCGGACAGACAACCGUCGCGGAUUGCUUUGACCCAGAGCGCGACGAAUGGCGGCCCAUAUCAGUGAUGAAGGAGAGGAGGAUGGAGUGUGAAGCUGUGGUGAUAAAUGGGUGUAUUUUUGUCACAGGGGGGUACUCCUACUCGAAGGGGACUUAUUUACAGAGCAUUGAGAAAUAUGACCCUGAGCUGGACUCGUGGGAGAUAGUGGGGACUCUUCCCACCCCCACCAGGUCCCAUGGAUGUGUUUGUGUCCAUAGCGUCCACUGACCUUUACCACAUUUUGGUGUUAUUUGUACAAAAUGAAUGGAACUGUCUAUUCACAGCUUUCACAAGAGUGUGCAAAGGUUUCUAGAUAACAAAAGGAUCUGUCAGGCAUUCUGGGUACAUUUGCCAAACUGAUGAACUCAGGGGUCUCUUUAUGAGCAUUGCAGUUGUCUUUUCAGACUCUUAGAAAGAUUUAAUGAGUUUUUAAAUGUUUUUAAAAAUUUUGGCAGAAAUUCAUUUAUAAUAGCAGAACUGCACUUACACUGUAACUUAACUAAAUAAAUGACUUCACUCUCAUGAACUGGGAA